UCUACUCUGGCUUAUUUAGGUAUUACUGAGUAUAAAAGUAAGAAACGUAUAGCAACCACAGCUAACGGCACUACUUUUGAACUCUUAGGAAAUAUAACAUUUACCAUAGAUAUAGCUGGGUAUGAGAUCAAGCAUACAUUCCUCAUCUCAAAAGAUGAAGAAUGUCCUUCUCCCGCUUUGUUAGGUUUAGAUCUCAUGAAAGCACUGGAUGAAAUGAACAUCCAUGUAGCACUCAAACCCUCUAAGAACAUUCUUGAAAUUGGAGAAAAUAUUUUACCACUUUUGAAGAAAGGUCAAGUUCAUCAUGAAAUUAGGAAAAUUAAACCCUCUAUCAAUCUAGUAAACACGAAGUCAGUGAAAAUAGCACCUAAAGAACAGGCCUUAAUAAGCAUACGAACAGAAAACCAUACACCUAACGGUGAUUGGAUAUAUAUCGCGCCUUCUUCUUUCAACAAGAAGAAAUCCUUAGUUCCCACCAUAUGUCGCGCCAAUACAGAAAUGAAUGUUCUGUUUGUUAAUAAGUCCGAAUCUCCCCUGUAUAUUCCUGCUGGUGAAGCAUGCGGAAUAGCUUCUACUGUGGACAUUCCACAUUUUGAAACAAAUGAAGAAUUCAUUGUACACAUUCCACCAGA